UAGGAGUAGUCAUGGUUCGAUCAUGACGCGAUUUCCACGCAAAAGGAGGCGUUGUCCAACCGGCGGGUUCAUUCUUACAUUAAACCGGGGAAUGAGAUCGCACGACCCGUCCUUUUAACUUUACUUUGGCGGCAUUCUUUUAUUCUUGUGUGGUUUUAGCUCAGAGUUUUAAUAUUAUUUUAUCAACAUGAUCAAGAACGGUCACCACACAUCGAAUGAGCAGGGGAUAGAGAGCGGUGCUACGCAGGGAGACUUGGCUUGCAGCCCAGAGAAGAGGAAACGCUCUGUCCGGGUGUGGUGUGAUGGGUGUUAUGACAUGGUGCACUACGGCCACUCCAACCAGCUGAGACAGGCUAAGGCCAUGGGAGAUUACCUCAUCGUUGGAGUACAUACAGAUGAAGAGAUCUCGAAGCACAAGGGUCCUCCUGUCUUCACCCAGGCAGAGAGGUAUAAGAUGGUGCGGGCUAUCAAGUGGGUGGAUGAGAUCGUAGAGGGUGCUCCCUAUGUCACCACCCUGGACACACUGGACAAAUACAACAGUGACUUCUGCAUCCACGGAGAUGACAUCACUCUGACGGUGGACGGUAAGGACACGUAUGCGGAGGUGAAGAGAGAGGGCCGGUACCGGGAGUGUAGACGCACCCAGGGGGUCUCCACCACAGACCUGGUGGGCCGCAUGCUGCUCAUGACUAAAACCCACCACAGUAAUAACAUUGACAACUCAGACUACCAGCAGCACACGGACAACUUUGGGAAGGGUCCUAAGGGCCACAGUCCAUGGACAGGAGUGUCCCAGUUCCUCCAGACUUCCCAGAAGAUCAUCCAGUUUGCCUCAGGACAGGAGGCCCAACCUGGGGACACCAUCAUCUACGUAGCCGGGGCCUUCGACCUCUUCCACAUUGGUCAUGUUGACUUCCUGGAGACGGUCUACAAACAGGCUGAGAGGCCUUACGUCAUCGUGGGACUGCACUUUGACCAGGAAGUGAAUCGCUACAAAGGGAAGAACUACCCAAUCAUGAACAUCCACGAGAGAACCCUGAGUGUCCUGGCCUGCAGGUAUGUAUCAGAGGUGGUGAUUGGGGCUCCCUACGCUGUGGGUAAAGAUCUGCUGGACCACUUCAAGGUGGACCUGGUGUGUCAUGGGAAGACAGAGGUGUUUCCUGACAGGGACACUGCAGACCCUUAUGCUGAGGCUAAGAAGAGAGGUAUCUUCCGUACAGUAGACAGUGGUAACGGUUUGACCACCGAUGACAUCGUACAGAGAAUCAUCAAGAACCGGCUGCAGUUUGAGGCAAGGAACCAGAAGAAGGAGGCCAAGGAGAUUGCGGUGUUUGAGGCGAUGAAACGCCAGGCAGAGGGAGAGCAGGCCGGGGACACGGCCCAGGCAGCACAGUAACCAGAUCAAACUAGUUCAAACCAGACCCAGCUGUCACAAAACUGAUCCUAACCCAGCAUUUCCCAAACUAGAGAAACUCUGAAAUAACUUUUUUUAAAAUUGCGUUUGGUUCAUAGAACUGGGGUUAUGUCAGUAACCUCCGGUAGCUGCUAGAUGCCGUUGUAAUAAUGAGAGCGGUUUUGGUUUUCUUUCUUCCUAUCUUUUGAACGGUUUAAUCUACGGUUUCCCUUUACAAUGCCCAGAAGCCUCAGAACAGAGUGGACAAGACCAGGCACUAAAAUCAGACUGGAGGAAAAAUAACAAUCAAUGGUUUUAUUUUCCACUCAGAAGAUCAAACUAAAUGAUUGCCUGAUGAUCUUCUCUACUUCCCAAUACCUUUCUGAUGCAUUUGUCACUUCAAACAAUCCUUCAUAUUGAAACACCGUCAAAUGUACUGUCAACUGAUUUGUGAUAGACGGUCAUAGUCCCAGUUUAAGAACCAAACAUUGGCUGUUGAUUUCAUCACCUUUUUUUAAAAUAACAAAAUGGGGUCGCAGAACAAACAAGUUUGGGAACCUCUGUCCUAACCAGUUCAAAAUGGUUCAAACACGACCCAAACAGGGUCCGACUGAACCGAGCCAGCCCAAACCAGUCUAGUCCUACUACUUGUACUGUAUACACAUCCUUUAGAGAAGCAUUGCCUGCUAACCUGUCCUAGACCGGCUUUACCCCCCCAGUCCACAACGGGCCAAACUCAUUCCACCGACUGCCGAGUGUCUGCGGGUUUUCACUCCCUUGUACUUGAUGAAUUAAGGUCACUAGUUAGUAAGGAACUCUCCUCACCUGGUUGUCUAGAUCUUAACUGAAAGGACAAACCAGCAGACACUAGGCCCUCCAUGGAAUGAGUUUCCACCUGACCCAAACCGGAUCAGACCAGAUCAAACUGCAGAACCAGACUCAAACCAAGACACCUCCUCACCUUCACCAGCUAAGGAGAACACAAAAAUAACCCUCUCCCCCUGUCAGUGGAGGCUGCUGAGGGGAGGAUGGCCCAUAAUAAUGUCUGGAAUAGCUGUAAUGGAGUGUGUUAAAUCUUAUCACACUUUCAGGCAGAAAGAAAGAUGGAGAAAAUAAUCCAAAGUUUGACUGUGAUGAAAAAGAGAACAUUGUGAAGAAGAGAGAAAAGUCUAUGUAGUUGUGUGUGUACUGUAUAUUUAGUAGUGCCUUCUAGUCUGAUCUAUCAAAUGGCACACUAUUCCCUAUGGACCCUGGUCAAACGGCCGCUGACCCCGGCCCUCCGGUUACGGCCGCUGACCCCGGCCCUGCGGUUACGGCCGCUGACCCCAGCACACAUACAUGCCAGAGUUGACAUACCUGCUCAGCCUGAAGUGUCCCCACUUGCGCCGUCGAAUAACUGUCUGCUCUGUGGCGUGACCGGUACGACUCUUCACGUGGGUGGCUUGUGGCGUGACCGGUACGACUCUUCAGGUGGGUGGGUGGUCAUGUGUGGCUCUGUGGCGUGACCGGUACGACUCUUCACGUGAGUUGUCACGUGUGUUUGAGGCAGACGUCUUGGGUUCGCGCCUCGCUAGGAGCCGACAGGCGGAAGGUGGUGCUCUUUAAGCAAGCAGCAUGACCUCCUUCACAUGGCUAUGGGUUGGAAUCCGGCCCACUAUCUCAUCAAUAAACAGUGGACUAUAUAGGGAAUAGGAUGCCAUUUCAUACCCCUCUGUCUUGUAUGGAACAGGAUGAUUCAGGACUCUGUCAUGUUUUCUUUUCUUCUUUCUAAUGUGUUUAUGUGGAUAAUUCAUUUAGAACAUUUUUUAGAGAGGUAUGGACAAUGAAUGGGGGAGUCAAGUGUGUGUAUGCGUGAGAGACUGUUUUAAAGGGAGUGUGUGCGAAUGAAAAAUGAAUAACAAAACAAAUGGGCAUGUAUAUUGUAUGGCUCUACCCCUCUAAAGUUGCUCUGUAAAUCUGUCAAUUAAUUGUCCGGUAAUGACAAGAAAAUACAAAAUACUGUUCCCAUUAUUUUCUGAGGUUGAGCAUCUUUGUAGUUGUUCAAUAGUCCAUAAUAUCUGACAUGAAGUGGAAACCUGAAAAGGUUAACAUUAUUUACCUACUAAGCUGAAAAAAUUGUCUGAUAGUAAAAUAGUGUAAACACACAUUUGCUUACCACUAAUGUCUGUAAUGAUAGUUUCAGAAGAGUACUUUUCCCUAUAAUGGUCGUCACCCAUCUUAUUCACCCAUCCUACUCACCCAUCUUACAAACGUAUAUAUUUCCACACUGAGGUUGAAAUGACACUGAAAUUAUGAUAAUGUCCUUUUUAGUGAAAAAGUGCUGGAAAUUUCAGCCUGUUCAGGUGGGAUGGAGUUUUUGGCCGACAGCAAAUCAAAUAUUAUUAGUCAUUUAUUUUUUCCCCGAAUACAACAGGUGCAGAUCUUACAGUGAAAUGCUUACAAGCCCUUAACCAACAAUGCAGUUUAUGAAAAAUAAGUCUUAAAGUAGUUAGUCAAAUAAACUGGAAGGGGAAGCAUGA